AUGCUGGGCUACAACUUGGGGGAUGAAGUGAUGAAAAAGUACAUAUCGGACGGCCUGAAAAGGGACUACGACGCCUGGACUCCAGACCGGAUCAAUGGGCAUUUUCGAGAAAUGGAUGAAAGAAACGGUUCCUACACUGACCAGGACCCCUGGAGUGUUGGAUACAGCAGAGCUUUAUCCAUUCAACCGCCCACUGCCACGCUGCUCUUCACUUCGGCCACUGGCGCUCCGCCGAAGAUGAUCUGCUCUCUCCGAGGACUGACUUUGAAAACACAAUGUGCAGUGAGAGCCGGUGAUGAUCUAUGGGUUAGUAAGGCUAAAGCCGGGACUGGAGACACACUCUGGGAAAACAUUCGCUUUGACUUGGACUACAAUCCAGCAGGAUAUACUUCCCAGCGGCGAAGUUACAAAGACUGUAUCCUCCAGAUACUUUAG